CUCUUUUCAAAAGAUGGAUUUUCCCGGCCAUCCUCCAUUUCAAAUCCGCCGCUUCAGUUUAUAACACUUCCGUUUCAAAUCCAGCUUGAUCGGUACUAGAUUUCCGGCCAUGAGAGAAAGAACGGGGUAUUAUUCCGACGAUUGCAGUGUCUCCGUCGUAGCGUUUACGUCUUGCCUUAGCCGCCGGAGGAGACGGAGACGUAACGGCCGCAGAUGCCCUGGAGCCGCCGCUUGUCUGUUGCCUAGUUGGUUUUUUGCGCGGUGGCGGAAGAGCAAAGAUGAGAAGAAGAAGAAGGCUCCGGGCCAGGUAUCGAAUGGAGAGUCACCGUUGCCGUUACAGUUGGUGGAUUCAGGUGGUCAAAAGGAAGCCUCAUUCAACGUAGGUAUCGGAUUAGGUCUAAUGUAUGCCAUUGCAGGUUGCAGAAAUGAACUCAACAAGAUUGUAGACUUACGUUUGCAAUUCGAAACCUUAAUUCAAACUUACAACAAAGCACAAAAUCAGCAGCUCCCAUCAACUCCAUCCGAUGUCUCAACCCUCAGCAACCUGUCCAGCUUCUCCAACACGGACAGCCACGAAAAUUUUAAGGAUAACGGCGAUUGUUGUGGGCGACACAUGAAAUGCAAUAAGAAGAUGAUGAGUAGAAGGAGAAAUGUGGGAAGUUCAGAGAUGAUGGAUGAGCUUGAAGCUGAACUUGUAGCAGAGUUGAGUCGAUUGCAGCUUGAUUUGGAUUCUGAUGUUACGUCCCGGGACUCAACACAACAUAAUGAGAUUAUCAUUGGUGAGGAAAACGAAGCAAGGCAGAAUGAAAGGUUUGGAGGAGUGGAAGAUAUUGAAAUUGACACAAGAUACUCAGAGUAUGAGCUGGCAGUUUCUCCAUACGAACUAGAAAUAAGGUUGCAUGAGGUGUUGAAGGAGAGACAAGAAGAAAGGAUUGAAGAGCUGGAAUCAGCUUUAGAAUCCGCCAUGGAAAUGCUUCAUCAGAAAGACGAAGAGCUUUCGUGGUGGAAAGACACCGCCAACCUCAUUUCCCAACACGUUUCCAAUGUUCCUCGCUUUUCUUGAGGCGUAGCGCUACAACAAAGAAGUAGACAUUCUAUUCUGAAUUUACAUCAUAUGCGAUAUGAUGGUACACUUACAAUUUUUUUUUUUUUUUUCUGGGAUUAUAUGAUAUGAUUUUUAGUGUUACAUUGGAUAAUUAUAUUAAAUUUUGAUUAAUUCAAAUUUAACUCUA